AUGACCAAGGAAGACCCGACACAGCCGGCAAACGCUUUAGGAGACAACUGCGUAGACGCUUNUAUCGCCGAUGAAGGCGACGACAACACGCGCGACGCCGGAGACGGGAACGGGAACGGGCCUGUAUUCACACCAGCAGCCGGCCGCGUUGACGUGCAUCCGCUCGUUCUGCUUUCCCUUGUUGACCACUACUCCCGCAUAAAUAUCAAGGCGGCGCAGAAGCGCCGUGUGGCGGGCCUGUUGCUCGGCCGCCAUAAGCGUCUUCCAGACGGGACGCAGGUACUGGACAUAAACAACAGCUUUGCCGUGCCGUUUGACGAGGACCCGCACGACCAAGAUGUGUGGUUUGUCGACACCAACUACGCGGAGGAGAUGUUCUACAUGUUUCGUCGUGUGCUUCCAAAGGUGCAGGUUGUGGGCUGGUACUCCGCUGGCCCGUCGUGUGCCGUGCAGCCGAACGACAUGCUGCUCCACCUGCUUGUGGCUGACCGCUUUGUUGCGAAUCCCGUGUACUGCAUCGUGAAUACGGACCCCAACAACAAGGGUGUCCCUGUGCUUGCGUACACAACGGUGCAGGGCCGCGAGGGGACACGCUCGCUGGAGUUCCGCAAUAUCCCGACGCACCUGGGCGCGGAGGAGGCGGAGGAGAUUGGCAUCGAGCAUCUCCUGCGCGACCUGACGGACUCGACGAUCACGACGCUCUCCACACAGAUACAGGAGCGGGAGCUCUCGCUGGCCCACCUGAGCCGGGUCCUGCAGUCCAUCGAGGACUACUUGAACGACGUCGCCGGGGGCCUUAUGCCUAUUUCUGAAGACGUGCUGAGUGUGCUGCAGGAGGUGAUCAGCCUGCAGCCGCACAUCUACCACCUCAAGACGUCGACGGAGAUGGUCCGCCACUCGAACGACCAGGCCAUCGCCAUGUUCAUUGCUGCUAUCGGGCGCUGCGUGGGCACACUCUACGACGUCAUUGCGAACCGGCGCCGCAUCACACGCGAGAUACAGGAGGCAAAGGCGAAGCGCGAGCAGGCGCUGAAAGAGAGGCUUGAGAACGAGAGACAAAAAGCGAAGGAGGCUGCUGCUGAGGACAGCAAGGUCGAGCCAAAGAAUGUGAAGAACGAUGGUGGCAAAGAUGGAGCUGGCGCAAGCUGA